AUGGAACAAAGUGAGGGAGGUGAUUUCCUUCCAAAAGAGCCGCAGCAAUCAGAUGCUACUCCGGCAGCUGCCGCGGAUUUUCCUGUGCGGAAGCCGGCGAGGCAACUGGAUUUUACGGGGUUCGGGGAUGGCACAUCAUCAUCAGUGGGAUUGGCGUUGCCGGAGGUCUCUCAACCGAAACAAAUACAGACGCUGAGCCAUCUGAGCCAGCCUCUGCUGCAGCAGCAGCCACAGUUAGUGAAGCCAAAAAAUCAGCCGCCAAAGCCGCCUCCGCUGCCACAGAUGCCAUUCGUGACAAUGCAACAAGCUCCACAACCGGCUCCGGCAUCCUCUCAUCCUUCUAUUCGACCUGCUUUGAAACCUGAAUCCCCAAGAUCGCGGUCAAGGCAAAACCAAGCUGAAGUUAAAGACGGUACUCCAAAGAAGCAAAAGCAGUGUAAUUGCAAACACUCACGGUGUUUAAAGUUGUAUUGCGAGUGCUUUGCAUCUGGUGUAUAUUGUGAUGGAUGCAACUGUGUGAAUUGUCAUAACAAUAUUGAAAAUGAAGAUGCCAGACGAGAAGCAGUUGAAGCUACACUGGAGCGUAAUCCACAGGCUUUCAGGCCAAAAAUUGCUAGCAGUCCUCAUGGAGCUCGUGAUUGUAGGGAAGAAACUGGGGAAGGUUUAGUCUUGGCAAAGCACAACAAAGGAUGCCAUUGCAAGAAAUCAGGAUGCCUUAAGAAGUAUUGUGAGUGCUUCCAAGCAAAUAUUCUUUGUUCUGAUAACUGUAAAUGCUUGGACUGCAAAAAUUAUGAGGGAAGUGAAGAGAGGCAAGCUCUGUUUCAUGGAGAUCAUGCCCACAACAUGGCAUACAUCCAGCAGGCAGCAAAUGCUGCCAUCACUGGUGCUAUUGGAUCCUCUGGAUAUGGAUCUCCUCCAUUGAACAAGAAAAGAAAAGGUCAGGAACUCUUCUUUGGAUCAACAGUAGAAGAUCCUAUGCAGAAGCUCCGGCAAUUUCAAGCGGCAGACCAAAUCAAGGCUUCUUUACCUUCCUCUUCAUUGCCAUUGACUCCUGGUGCUUGUGCUGGCAAUGCAUUAACUUUGGGCCCUUCAAAAUUUACCUACAGAUCUCUCCUAGAUGGUAUCAUUCAACCCCAGGACUUGAAGGAACUUUGCUCAGUGUUGGUGAUAUACUCGGGAGAAGCUGCCAAGAUGCUUGCAGGCGAAAGAAAAACGGCAGAAAACCGGGCAGAAAAGCCUAGAGAAAACUUGCCGGCUUCAUCAAUGCAAGAUCAAUGUCAAUCCCCAAAGAAUGCAAGAGCCGAGAAACCUUUGAUUGAUGAUCUCUCAAGUGGCAACCAGGCUGGGACGAAAAACUCUGAGGAGUCUACUUGCAAUGGAGCUGAUGACUCACAAGGAAGGCCGAUGUCUCCCAGUACAUUAGCUUUGAUGUGUGAUGAACAAGAUACAAUAUUUACUCCUGCUGUCUCUCCUAAUGGGCUAUCAGGCCAUAAUAGCGUGACUACACAGUUACUGAAUAGGCAAGACCUGACUGAAACCUAUGCAGAGCAAGAAAGAAUUGUUUUGACAAAAUUUCGUGAUUGUCUUAACAGGCUCAUCACUUUAGGAGAAAUAAAAGAAACAAAGUAUUCUUCCUUGUCACAAACAGAAUUGCUUCAGCAAAAUGAGCUAACCAGCAAUGGAACAAAAAAUGUGAGAACUGAUACAAGGAGUCCACAAACAACCAAUUAG